AUGCUCUCGCGACUUUGGAGCAAUGUGCCGCUGCAUGUGAGGGAGUCCUUCAAGGCACCAGCAAACUUGGAAGAUUCACCAAAGCCAUCCGCUCCCCUGCUUGUGGACAAUGUCAUAUCGCAAGUCAAGCGGCUUGCAGCCAGAUCUGGCCUGGGUCCAUCUCACUGGUCUGACGCCGCACGGCAGUACUACGGUGGCAGGAUUCCACUUGCUCCGUACAGGAAAGGCCAGACGGCAGCUUACAACUAUCCGUCUGCCCUGGUACCGCGCGAGAUGGCUCAUCGCUUUCCACUGGACAUGUAUGUUGACCCAGUUUUCCAAACCUCUGACGCUGCACAGCGCAUCAGAAUGAGGGGCUUUACACUGUUUCCUCGGCUUCAGAACAAGACGACUCUUCUGCUCAUUUUCUCUGGACAUCCUCUAAGCGGCUUAUGGACUGGACUACGUCAAUGGCUAGACUCAGUUGGCGACUUCCAAUCAUUGCCAAACACUCAGGUGUUCAAGCUGCAUUGCGAGGAAGGAUGGUUCAAUCGCAGAACCCACCAGCUAACCAAGUUUCAGCUUCGGCGGCAGGUCGAAGAGAGUGAACUGUGGACAACCUUUGUUUACCGUGGCAAAUGGAAAUGGGAGUAUGAGCACGCACUCCACCUCUACAACAAGGAGUUGCCUGUUGUCCUUUU